AGUUUGGCCCGGCUGGCACACUUUGCAGGUAGAGUCAGAACUGUGAGUGCCCAGUUUUCUCUUUAUCUGUUUAUGUCAUCCAAUCAGCUUCACAGGACGAAGGAGCCGCAUCAGCACGCCGCGAUAUAAGAGGUGCGAGAGUCCAGCACAGAGGCACCAUCUGGUCCAAACACCAACAUCCAAAGAACAGCUGUGAGGCAAGAAACCUGACGGACAUUUCCAGGGAAGUUUGGUCAGUGACUCAUCUGAUUAAGCUACAAGAAUCUUUUCUUAACACAAUCUUGUCUAAAGGUCUAAUCAAGUCAGCAGCCAUGAAACAGUUUCAGAUUGCAGUCCUUCUUGCUCUUACUGUGACACACGGAAGCUUUGCUGAAGACGGAGCCAAUCGGAUGAGCCAGUACAUCGAGAAGAUAAAGGCUAAAAUCAGUCACGACUUUCGCGAGUUUGUGAACAAGCCAGUGCUGAAGGAACACGCCGAGUCGUUCGUGGAGGACAGACAAACGGAGCUUGAGCCCCUGGCCGUGAAGAUCCAGGGUCAGCUGCAGGACAUGGAGGAACGUUUCAAACCCGUGACUGAAAACGUGAAGGAGAACGUGAACCCGUUAAUCGCCAGCCUGCAGCAAAAGAUGGAGUCCAUCCUGCAGAUGCUGGAGGAGCACGUCAACCCCAGCAGCCAAUAAACCGACUGGUCUUAAACUGCAACGCCACCUUUCUGGUCGUAGGAGUUGAAUUGUAUCAGACGUGCAUUAGCUUCUCAAACAUAUUUAUUAUCCUAUUGACACAUUUAAAACUAUUAAAGAAAAUAUAAAACAUUA